AUGUCAUCUUGCUCCGACGAAGCAAUUCCGGGAAACCCAAUCGUCCUUGGUUGUGGUCAACUCUGUCUGGAUUACUUAGUCACUGUACCGUCUUUCCCAAUUCCCGACCAAAAGAUCCGAAGCACGAGCUUCAAGAUUCAAGGAGGUGGAAAUACUGGGAAUGCUUUAACUUGCGUUGCUCGUUUGGGUUUGGGUUCUAGAAUCUUAGCUAAAGUUGCUAAUGAUUCUCAAGGGCGUUGGAUGCUAGAGGAGUUAGAAUCUAGUGGUGUGGAUACUUCCUUUUGUGUGAUUGCUAAAGAUGGAGCUUCACAUUUUAAUUACGUCAUUGUAGAUAACCAAACGAAUACUCGUACGUGUAUUUUUACACCAGGAUAUCCUCCUUUGCUCCCAGAUGACCUUACUGAGUCUCUCCUUUUAGAUGUGCUCAAUGGCGUAAGAGUUCUAUAUGCAAAUGGAAGGUCCCGUGAAGCCGAAUUGCUUCUUGCGCAAAAGGCAAAUAGCAGGAAUAUUUCCAUCUUAAUUAAUACAGAGAAAAGAAGGGAAGGGCUAAAUGAGCUCCUUGACUUAGCUGACUAUGCCGUUUGCUCUACUAACUUCCCCAUGGAUUGGACUGAGGCACCAUCAUCCCCUAGUGCACUUCUCUCCAUGCUCAAUAAAUUACCAAAGCUGAAGUUUGUGAUCAUGACUUUGGGAGAACACGGUUGUAUCAUGCUUGAGAGAUGUUCCAAUGAGGUUUCAGAGUCGGAAGAAGAAGAGAGAGACAUAAAUGAGCUACACGAGUCUCUGAUGCAAACCACAGAUUUUUCGAGUAUCUUACCGGUCUGCAAUUCAUCGCUUGUGAAUAGACUGGGAGGGAAUGUUACAGGGAGAUUGGUUAUAGUAACAGCUGAGAAAAUACCUUCUUCAGAGCUUAUGGACACAACCGGUGCCGGAGAUGCCUUUACCGGAGCUUUGCUCUAUGGUUUGUGCACAGAUAUGGCUUCAGAGGAAAUGUUGCUAUUUGCAUCUCGAGUCGCCGCUUGCUGCUGCAGAGGUUUAGGGGCUCGAACCACUCUUCCAUUCCGUAAUGAUCCAAACCUUGUAGCGUUCUUAGGGACACGACCGUAG